GAAGUUCGGGGAGCGCCCUCAACCACAGCGCCUGACGAGAGAAGCGAUGAGAAACUAUCUAAAGGAGCGAGGAGACCAAACCGUUCUGAUCCUCCAUGCUAAAGUUGCACAGAAAUCCUACGGCAAUGAAAAAAGUGAAUUUCAGAGCGAGGGAAAAGAAGAGAGCUGGAAGUGAGCGGAGACAAGAAAUUGGAUUGAGGAAACAUAGAGGAGAAACUAAAGGAAAUGUGGGGAGGCAGAAAGGUGUGGACAGAUUGAUCAUAGCGAAGAAGAGUCAGUGUCUGGGGAGCUCCUGUCGUGGUUAGAUCUUGGCUCGCUCCUCUUGGCUGGGAAAGUGUUUCCCUUGUGAUCACACCAGAAGUGCCUGACUGUUAAUCCAAAAUUCACAGCCAGACCGAGAAACAGCUGAGAGAAGGAGAGAACAGAAAGGAGACAGGCCAAACUCUUAAACCUGCUGUGAAAUGUUAUCUGUUAAAUUAGUUACACACCAAGGGAUUGACCGUGACUGGAGAGCUUGCAGGAUGUUCAUUGAAAGUUCUUUUGCCCUCCUCCAUGUGUGUAUCUGAUGGGCUGCGGCUGGAAGAAAAAGAGGGAACAGAUGGAGAGAGAUGGCUGCUCUGAGCAGGAGUCUCAGCCAUGCGCCUUCAUCGGCAUCGGAAACAGUGACCACGAGAUGCAGCAACUCAACCUGGAGGGGAAGAAUUACUGCACAGCCAAAACAUUGUACAUCUCGGACUCAGACAAGCGCAAGCACUUCAUGUUGUCGGUGCGCAUGCUGUACGGCAACAGCGCCAACAUCGGCGUCUUCCUCAGCAAGCGCAUCAAGGUCAUCUCUAAGCCUUCCAAAAAGAAGCAGUCGCUCAAGAACGCUGACUUGUGUAUAGCGUCUGGAACGAAAGUGGCACUGUUUAACAGACUGCGUUCUCAGACAGUCAGUACACGCUACCUCCAUGUGGAGGGCGGGAACUUUCAUGCCAGCUCACAACAGUGGGGAGCCUUCUAUAUUCACCUCUUGGAUGAUGAGGAAUCUGAGGGAGAGGAAUUCACCGUGCGUGAUGGUUACAUUCACUACGGCCAAACUGUCAAACUUGUCUGCUCCGUCACAGGAAUGGCCCUGCCACGACUGAUCAUCCGUAAGGUGGACAAGCAGACGGCCUUGUUGGACGCAGACGACCCCGUAUCUCAGCUGCAUAAGUGUGCCUUCUACCUAAAGGAUACAGAGAGGAUGUACCUGUGCCUUUCCCAAGAGAGGAUCAUCCAGUUUCAAGCCACUCCAUGCCCAAAAGAACCAAAUAAAGAGAUGAUCAACGACGGUGCCUCUUGGACAAUCAUCAGCACAGAUAAAGCAGAAUACACCUUCUACGAGGGAAUGGGUCCAGUCCACUCAUCUGUCACCCCUGUGCCUGUGGUUGAAAGCUUACAGCUGAACGGUGGAGGAGAUGUAGCGAUGCUGGAGCUAACAGGGCAGAACUUUGCUCCAAACCUGCGCGUGUGGUUCGGGGACGUGGAAGCCGAGACUAUGUACAGGUGUGGAGAAAGCAUGCUGUGUGUUGUACCGGACAUUUCAGCGUUCCGUGAGGGUUGGCGGUGGGUGAGACAGCCUGUACAGGUUCCUGUAACACUGGUGAGGAACGACGGCAUCAUCUACUCCACCACUCUGACGUUCACAUAUACGCCGGAGCCGGGCCCGAGGCCUCACUGCAGCGCAGCCGGAGCCAUCCUGCGCUCCGCUAAUAACACCCCCAACACUGACACACCAAAUUCAGUCACGGCAAACUCUUCCAACGCCACGGCCACUGUGGUCUCGUAACACACGUGGUAGCACUCAAGAACUUAGUGUAUGGGUGAAAAAAAAAAAAAAACUACAGGUACAUUUCAACAAAGUGCUGCAUAUAGAUUUCAAAACUGAACAAUUUAUUUGGGCAAUGUAAACACAAAAUCGAGGAAUACGGAGAGUAAAAAUGAACAGAGGGGAAAGCAAAGUGGUAUGGAGGCGAUGAGCUAUUUGGAGCUUGGUGAUGGACAUGGCUGACACGGCUGAGAACACCUGCACCUGUCGAGAUACAGAAGACGAGAACAUCUGACCAUAGCAAUGAUGCAUUUAAUCAAGAGGUCUCUACUCCACCUUUUAUUUGAAUUCCCUCUUUUCCCCCACACUUUCCUGAUUUGUGUUUGUGUGAAGGAGUAAAAAGGCUUAUCACCUGUGGCUUGGUCUGGACUUACGAGACGAGGGUCACGUUAAAUUUGUAAAUGAAACGUAGUUUUUAUGGACCAAGGUUAUUGUAUAAGCUUUAGUAAAGGUACAUUUUCCUCCAUACGUUUUUUUUUUUUUUUUUUUGUAUCUAAACAUAUAGUACGCUUUUGUUACCAAAUAGAUUCUGUUCUUACUCUGAGUUUUUACACAGUUUUGGUUAUCUUUUUUUUUUUUUUUCUUUUUUUUUUCAUUAGGGAUGUGGGCAUAGCAGGGUGCGGUUGCCCUCUCUUGGCUUUUGUGUAUAGCUUUUUUCAUCUGUAUACGUAUAGAUAUCUGUAUACGUAUAUCCUUUUCACAUUUGCUCGGACUUCAUUUUGAUAUUUCUCAAUUUUUGAUAUGGAACUUGUAUUUUCUUUCUUUUUUAUUUGAAGUUGUUUUGCUUUGGGAAGAAUCUCAGAGGGUCUAUUUUUAUUAUUGAUUUUUACAAAUUCUCUGAAAAGAACAAAAAAGCUUUAAGCAACGCCUCUGCCUUGUCUGCAAUAUGACGUGUAUAUGCUUCCUUUAAGGAUUUUAUAAUAGUGUGUGUUUAGGUGUCGCAGGAGGAGCAGCGACUUCUCUCUUCCUCCUGUUCAAAACAGUGAAACCAGAACGCACCAGUCGCAAUACAGAGGCGUGGAAUGAGUGUGUCCACGAAACCGUAGCCAUUCAGUACUGAUCGUUUCCAACGCACACAAAGCGCAUGAUCUGAAGCAGCGCUGUUGUGUUUGGAUGCUGUUACCAUCAGAGUGUCAUAAGUCUGGACUGGACAGAUUUUUUUUCGGUUUGUGCUCUGAAAUCAUGCUGUCUCCUAAAACGUUUUUGAAAUUCCUUUGUCUUCCUAAUUUUUAAUUUUGCUAAUAUUAUGUUGAAAUUUUUUUGUUACAAAGUGACUGGAUUAUUUGAAUAAGUAAUAAUCUUCCAUUAGAUGUGGCCUUACUGUAACAACACAUUUAGUUCAAGUGCAGUUCACACCUUAAGACCGUGGCCUGUGACUGUAAACUCUUGAGCUCAGCCUUGUGUUGUUGUUGUUGUUGUUUUUUUUUCUAAAUCUUUCUUUUUCUUGAUUGUCAUUAACAAGGCUGUUUCAAGUUCAGACUUGACACCCUUAACUUCUGCAUGUCGUCAAAACUUUUAGAUGCUCUCACAUUAACAUACCCAAAGAUGUUGUGGCACGUAGUUGUUUCUGUGUGGAAUUUUUGAAGAGUGUGUUGGCAGCCGUGGCCUCUCGUACACCAAAAGUAGAGCUUUACUUACGUCACUUAUCGAUUUGUUCCUCGUGGCCUUGCUAACACACUAAUGUAUAUGAAAAUUAUUAAUGCCAGCUAGGAGAAACUAACAAAUCAGCCUGCUGUAGUAGUUUUGUACAGUAGAUUAACUUAUGAGGAGCAUCACUAUGCUUCCUUUUGCUAAAACUAUUUGUAUUUCAUUGCGCCUGCGUCUACGGCUCAUAGCCUAGCAACUGUGGUAUCUGUUUUCUGAGCAAUUUGGUGUGUGGUGACAAGAGACUAGAGAAGUGUCCAAUAGAAGUUUAAUGCCCUUUAGAUGUAUGUUUGUUGUUCAAAGAUAUAUACAUACAGCAAUAUUGUAUAGGUUCUCUGUCUCUGUCUGUGGGAAUACCCACUGAUUUUCACCAGCCUGAUCCACUGUUAGUGGUUAUGAUCAACAGCACACUCAUCUUGAGUUCACUUUGCCCAUUGCUUUACUUUAGACUAAUAUGCCGUCUGAUUUAAGAACAAUAAAACAACUUCCCUGCUCAGUUAGCGAAAGCUGAAGGACGGUCUUGAGCCGAUGCAUAUCUAAAACCAAUAGAAACAUUUUCAGGACUACGUGUUUAGAACUACGAGUUUACUAGCAAAGAAAAUGCUAGUCAGCUGUGCUGUUUGUCCAUUCCUGACUGGAACUUUACGUUAAAAAAGUUUGCUAAAGGACAGCGUUCUUCCCUUUUUUCCGUUUCCUUUUUUACUAAUAUGAAAAGUAGCUUUAAAGUCUAAUAUUGUAUUUUUUAAAUUAUUAAUGAAAUCGCCUUCUUGUUUAGUGUGGCGUCACCAAUGAAGUGCUUUAAGGCCAGCUUGCUUCCAAGUGGAAAAAAAAAUCCCCUUAAUAUUUGAAUAUACUUAAGAAAUGAGAAAUGGCCGUCGAUCCUGUUUGUUUUCAGCUGUUUGAGGACGUUCUAAACAGUUCAUUCUGUAUAAAAUGUUCUUCAGUAGCUCCAUGUCUCAAUUCACAGUGGUCACCUGAAGCAGUGGCAUCAAGUUUCAUUUGUAUUGCUCUCCAAACAGGCAUAUAUGACAAUCCUAGCUGUUUUUUGCUGUUUACAUUGACUUUGUUGUCUAUUUUGUGUUUUGCUGUGGAGCUUUAGAAUGAAGGAAUUUUCUAGAAAAGAUUAAAACUGAACUGGGUGUGCUUUACAUUACUUACCAAGUUGAAGAAUGAAUAGUCUGACAAAGCAUCUUUUACUCAUAUCCAUUAAGUAACGUAUCUCGGAGAGUUCAGACGUAUAGCGAUACACGCAUACACGCUUUUAACAACGUUGUGUAUCGUCGUCACAGCAGUGAAAUGUUACAACCCAUUUCAUCCCACCUCAAGUUACAUUUACACAGUACGAGCUGUGACCAUGCUCAGAAUAACCACCUAUUUUAUUAUUUCUGUCUAUUUGACAGCUUUUGUAGUCCACUGGUAACAUUUUUCACAUCAUCUCACUUCAUUUUCCAUGUUUUACUUGGCUCUUCCAAAUGCAGCUGUUUUUUAUGAGCUCUGAUGGAUGUGUGUGCGUAUGUCCUCUAAUAUGCCAAAUGACUUUUUUUAAACUUUGAUUUCAUGCACUGCCCAAGAAAAAUAGCACCAGAGGCAGCUUUGGGAAAGAAAGAAAAAAAAAAAACUUUCAUUGUAUUAGAAGAUGUGUUGUAAAAGCAAGUUGAGCUUCUUUGUGGCACAAAGCGUUACAAUUUUAAAAUGCUAAACAACAUGCAAGAUAUCUCUCUCUCUCUCUCUCUCUCUCUCUCUCUCUCUCGCUACUUUCAGUCAGAAUAGACAGACUGCACUCCUCUUUUUCCUUCUUCAUCUCUUUGUGGGUUUGCUCUGUGAUACUUUUGCACUUAUUCAUUGUACCUACAAAGAAUCUCAUUUCUCUUAUUCCUUCUUGCUGACUGUUGUGUGCCCAAUUCUACAGUUGUGUCUGUGUGCGCGCGAAAGCAUAGCUUAUGUCUGCAUAAUAUUCACCUUCUUACAUGAGUACAAGCCCCAUCUCUCUGACUGUAUUGUUCUAGUGAUAAUAAGCCGAGGUGUUGGUAUGGUAGUGGUAUCAGUCCUGCCAGUAGGAUCCUGUGCCGUCUGUGAUAUUUUAGCAAUAACAUGAAUCAUUGGGGCAGUUUUUUUAUAUGUAGAACAUUAGUUUCAGUUGUCUGUUUGUUUGUUUGUUUGUUUUUUUUGUGUGCAUAUUGCACCUGCUCAGUUUCAUAUGUCAUUAAAGGAAUAAAACAACUUGCAAUAUUGGCAUAAAAAUCAAGAAAUAAAAAAACUGAGAAAUAUUAA